AAUUAGUGCAUAUUUAUGUAGAAGCGUCCCAAACAAAUGCCGGCUACCGAGACGUUUCAAUGGUUAAAGAAAAAUUGCUGAGUACGACGAAAACCGCAUGACGCAAUACGAGCAGACGGUUAAUCACUUCUGGGGCGUUCUCUGUGCUCUGAUAAGCGCAACCGGCGGGAGAGCACAUUUAUAAAAGUAAGCACAAACGCCGCCUGGAGCUUCAGUUCAUUUUCAGACGCACCGCCGGACGAAUGUAAACUUACGAGUUCCAAGUGAAUGUAGCGAAAAAAAAAAAUCGUAUCAAAGAGAACUUGCAAACUCGUGUAUUAAAGUGAAUUUAAUUGCAUAUAACAAAUAAAUCGUCGUUCGCUGAAGCAGAAUGUGUGGCAUAUUUGCGAUAUUUUCAAAAAAUGGCCAACCGUUGGCGCCCAAAGUGUACCAUGGCAGCGUGCAUACGCUGCGCGAAAUAGCCUACCGGCAAAGUGGCAAGCAACGGCAUCGCGGUCCAGAUGACACGGGCGUCAAAGUGGUGCCAGAGCAUGGCGUGGUGCUGAUACAUGAGCGGCUAGCAGUUAUUGGCGUACACACUGGACAUCAGCCAAUGAUUUCCGAGAGCGGCGACAUAUUGGUGGUGGCCAACGGCGAAAUCUACAACUAUCUUGAACAAUCAGCGGAAAUAGCGAAGAAACGUGGACAUUAUAAGCCCAAAAGCGAUUGCAAUGUAAUUGUUGAACUGUAUGAGGAGUAUGGCGAGCAACUAUUGGAGUAUAUCACCGGCAUGUACGCCUUUGUGCUCUACGAUAAGCGCACGAAGAAUAUUUUGAUAGCGCGUGAUCCCUUCGGCAUCAUACCGAUGUAUAUUGGUGAGGACGCAGACGGAAAUGUAUGGGUUGCUUCGGAGAUGAAAUGUCUUGUGGAUUUCUGUCCGAAACUUGAGCUUUUCACGCCAGGCGAACUGCGUGUAGGCCCAGCAAAUAACCUGCAGCGUAAGAGAUAUUUCACGGAGCAGUGGAUUGAGCACAUACCCACACAGGAGGUGGACUUAUCGUUGCUGCGUGCCAAAUUUGAAUCGGCUGUGCGUUCGCAUCUGCAGUGUGAUGUGCCCUUUGGCGCGCUACUCUCUGGUGGCGUGGACUCCAGUCUAGUGGCGUCGAUUGCGACAAGGUUGCGGCGUGAACGUGAUCCGGAUUACCGGUUGAAGACCUUUUCGGUGGGUCUCCGUAAUGCGCCCGAUUUUAAAGCAGCGCAACUGGUUGCUAACUACAUCGGCAGUGAACACACCGAGAUAGUGUUCGAAAUAGCGGACGCUUUAGAUGGCAUACGCGAUAUCAUUUACCAUCUGGAGACAUACGAUGUGACCACGGUGCGUUGCAGUCUGCCAAUGUUGUUAUUGGCGCGCUACAUCAAAAGCACUGGCAUCAAGAUGAUAUUGUCUGGCGAAGGCGCCGAUGAAAUAUUCGGCGGUUACUUGUAUUUCUUCAAGGCACCCAAUCGGGAGGAGUUUCACAGAGAGCUGGUCAAGCGUGUGGAGCAAAUCAAUGUGUCCGAUUGCCUGCGCGCCAACAAAGUGACAAUGGCCAAAGGCUUGGAGCUGCGUGUGCCAUUCCUCGAUACGGCCUUCGUUAAUUACGUGAUGUCAGUGCGACCGGAGGAUAAGAUGCCAGGCGAUCUCAACUGUUUGGGUAAUCAGCAAAAGUAUCGAAUUGAGAAGCAUAUCCUGCGAGCUGCCUUCGCAGCCAAUUACCUGCCCAACGAAGUGCUGUGGCGCCAAAAGGAGCAGUUCUCCGACGGUGUGGGCUACGACUGGAUCGAUAGCAUACGUCGGGUGGCGACCUCACACAUCACUGAUGCACAAUUUGCUACAGCCAGCGAACGUUUUCCCAUCAACACGCCGACCACGAAGGAAGCCUACUAUUAUCGUACAAUUUUCGAAGAGCUAUUCCCAGGCGAGGCGGCCGCGCAAACUGUGACACGUUGGGUGCCACGUUUGGAUUGGGGCUGCCCCGAAGAUCCAUCGGGGCGCGCACAAACAGUACACCAGGUGCAUGGCUGCGGUGCAGGAGCAUAGAGUGAAGACUGAACGCUGCUAAGCGUUAUAUUAUUCUUUAGAUAUACUUACAUACAUACAUGUAUAAGUAUCUAUGGAUGUACAAUUGUAUAUCACCAUUGUAAAUAUCUACAUACAUGAAGUACAUCGUCUUCAGCAACAGUCACAACUCAAAAUUGGGCAUUUUUGAGAUUAUGCGCUGAAAAUGUACGCAGAG